UAUUCAAAUAGUCAGAGUGUUUAGAAGAGUGCGCAAACAAGAUUAAUAAGGAUGAAGUCUAAUCUUUUGAUUAGCGUUGUUUGUUUCUUGGUACUACUAGUAGAGUUGGGAGCUGCUCGAGCCAACCCAACCAGGGUCAACGAAUGGGUUCGCAACCAGGCCCGCGAAUUUGGAUUAUCCGAUGCAGAAUAUGAUGAAUUGAGGCUCAGUGGACAGCCGCUGGUUAAAACUAACCAGAACGAUGCCGGAGUGCGAACCUCAGUGACGUACGUGCUAAGUCCCGACGGCAGUAAGAUUUCUCGGACUAGACUAUCGGAGUUAAGGCUUCCGUCCAGGCAGGAAUCUGUUGUCUAUCGUGGUCCAGACAACAUUCAGAAUUGGGGAUACGCUCCCAAUCCGGCUCCCCAAGUUUUUCGUCCUAUCUUAGAACCCGACUUUCUGGCCAGGUUCUUCGACAAUCCCUUCAUAAAUCCCCUUGGAAUCGGAUUUCCCCAGUUUGCGACUCUUUUCCCUGACUUAAGCCCGCCUCCCGGAGUAACGCCCCAUGUCGAAACCAAAACUAUAACGGAUCCCUCCGGCGGUCAAUACACGGUCACCACCAGCCAUUGGAGUACCCACUCGGGUUCCGGACAAAACCCGUUCUUGGCACCCAGGUUCGACCUGCCUGGAUUUCCAAAUAUAGGUAGCCGAAUUUAUCCAAAUAAUCCACCUUUGCCGCCGGCCCCAUCUUUUGGACGCCCAAGUCCCCCAAACCGCAACCCGAACCCCCAAGCCGGCAACCCACCUUCACCAGCGGGUGGCUCCAGUCCACCAGAUGUUUCACCAAACUAUCCAGCUAACAGAGAACCACUAGGUGACGGCGACACGGACGAGUGGGUACCGGUACAGCAGCCCACUUCCACCCAAAGAACCCUAGUUCCACUGCCAACACUAGCACCCCCUAAGGGAAAUGCUCCAUCAAAUGAUAGAGCCAUAGACGAUUUCCUAGAAAAGGUCGAUCUUACUCCCUCGGAAAUCGAAGAGGAGAAUGGCGAAGUGGUCAGGACCAUUGUGGACAGCAAGGGACGUGUUCUGAGUGCCAGGUUUGUCCUGAGCACCGUCAAGGGGGACAACGAGCCCUUGAAACAAACAAAACCCACAAAGUAACCGCAAUAAUCAUAAAAUAUAUAUGGAAAACCCUGCACAUUUCGAUUCUUGUUAUGUAGUCAUGUAAAAUAUUCAAAAAUAAACAUGUAUACGAUCCACUGAAAA